AUGAGGAAGCUCUACAACCACAAUAAAGGCAAAAUCCACCCAUCACCGCCGCCGUCCGCCACCGCCGAUCACUUAUCCUUCCUACCGAUCGCCAUAGCCACUCUCGCCGCCGCCCUUGCACCCGAAGACAAAGAAGUAUUGGCAUACCUUCUCUCCUGCUCUGUAACCACCACCACCACCAACAACAACACCAACAAUAACUUCUCCGGCAACGGAAAACCCACCAGUAAAAUUCACGGCGGAGAUUGUGGCGGAGGCGGAGGCGGAAGCCAUAUUCCGCAAUUUAACUGCGACUGUUUUACAUGCUACACAAGUUACUGGGUUCGAUGGGAUGCGUCGCCAAAUCGACAACUGAUUCAUGAAAUCAUUGAUGCUUACGAAGAUGGGUUGAUUCAUAACAAGAAGAGUGGGAAGAACAAGAAAGAAAGAAGAAAGAACAAAGUUUCUUCAUCUUCCCCCAACGCGCCGAUUACCGCUUCGGAGAAGGUUUCUCACGCGCCGCCGCAAGUCGAGGAAAAAUUGAUUAACAGUGAUUAUGAUGAUGAUGGGGAUGAAGAGGAAUUGAUGAUUGGGUCAUCAUCGGAGAAAGGAUCAGUGAGAAAAUUUGUAAGUUUCAUAGGAGAUAGGAUUUGGGGUGUUUGGGGCAUUUGA